AUGGAUCAGGUAAAUGUACUUACAGAAAUUCAAACGCAUUUGCUGUGCGAGCUGACGAAGCUUAAAGAAAAGGCACAUGGGCUGCGUCCGGAAACGCUGUCUCAGGGGUCUAUAAAGGAUGAGGGCGUGUGUGUUGAUGAAAUUCCAUACGUGACUAGUGCAACUUUUGAUAGCUUCGAAGACUUAUAUUUCACCUUUAAAGGGUUUUUGUAUGAUUCUAUGCCAGCCUGCUCUACAGCUUCACCGGUGGCAUUGAACAGUACAUUUGUGGCUCCUUCCCAUCGAAAUGAUACAUUUUACAGUGACGCUAAAUUACCGAAAAUCUCCGUACCAAAUUUCUCGGGUGAUUAUUUGGAAUGGUUUUCCUUUCGUGAUCUUUAUACUUCUCUUGUGCAUAAUAACAGUGCACUCAGUAAAAUUCAGAAAAUGUAUUAUUUAAAAAAUUGUGUCACUGGAGAAGCUGCACGUCUUAUCAAACAUAUUUUCGCAACCGAAGCAAACUAUGAUCUUGCUUGGAAAACAUUAGAGGAUAGAUUCCAUAAUAAGCGUGCUAUUGUUGACACAUGGUUAAAAAAGUUAUUCGCGAUACCAAAGUGCAUUGUAGCUUCGCACUCAGCAAUUCGAACACUUUUGGACACUACUAAAGAAUGUAUUGCUUCAUUAACCAACCUUAAUGUCUCAACCACAAAUUGGGACCCCCUUAUAGUCCAUUUGACCAUUCAGAAGCUAGAUUCUGAGACGAGAAAGGAUUGGGAAAAGUCAUUACAGGCCUCCAGAGAGCUUCCUACUUUGGAACAACUCAUUAGGUUUUUGGAGACAUGCUUUCGUACUUUGGAAACUCUCAAUGUAGACAAUACUCAAAAACUUAAGUCGGCGAAUAUUCCUCAACGCCAACUGGUACGAAAUUUCAACAUAACAAACUCAAGCAAAAGUGAAAACUCUAUUUCUUGCUUAUGUUGUAAGAAAUCGCAUCGCCUCUUUAAGUGCUGGGUAUUUAGGGCUUAUACGCCCACAGAAAGAAAACAAUUUGUUACUCGUAAUUCGUUAUGUCGCAACUGUCUUUUCCCUGGACAUUCGGCAAGCGAUUGCACUUCUAAUCAUACGUGCAGCGUAUGUAAUCGCAAACAUCAUACUUUAUUACAUGAAGUUUUUUCAGACUCACAACCUGCUGAGUCAGUCACUCCAUCUCGUACUAAGCAGAUACAAGGGCUCCAUGUAACUGCUCCUUUCUCUUCGCAGGAGUGCAAACGUGAAGUUCUACUUGCAACUAUUAUUUUAAAAAUCGACACGCCUAAUGGUGCUGUAUCCGCACGAGCCUUAUUAGAUCAAGGAUCUCAAGGCACAUUCGUUACAGAGCAAUUUAUACAAUUAUAUAAAUUACCAUGCCGUUCCACUUCUUUACAAGUGCGUGGGGUAAACACGCAGCAGAAAAAUUGUGUAAAGAAAUUAGCGUAUCUUAAACUGUAUUCCUGCGUAGAAUACGAUUAUACACUACAUGCAAAGGCAUAUGUCUUACCCAAGUUUCGUUCAUAUCUGCCACAACAGAGUUUUAUUCCAUUACAGCUUAGUUCUGAUAUUUCAAAUAUUCCUCUAGCGGAUCCUGAAUAUUUCAAAUCACGUUCCAUAGAUCUUAUCUUGGGCGCUGAUGUAUAUGGUUUUCUAAUGAAAGACGCUCAAAUAAAAACUGAUAGUGGACUUAUUUACCAAAAUACUCAUUUUGGAUGGGUUAUCUCCGGACCAAUGUCAACAUCGGUUAAUAUUGAAACAAUAAAUACACAUCUUUGUCAUAUAGAUGAUCAGCUUAAGCGUUUUUGGGAGCAAGAAGAAUUGCCAAACAUAAGACCGCAAUCUGCUGAAGAUAUAGCCACUGAACAACACUUCAUUUCUACACACUUAAGGGAUAACACGGGUCGAUAUAUUGUAUCGCUUCCUUUCCGAGCUGAGCUUAAUGGGAAACCAGUACCAGAGUUUCAUAAUUCUCAUUUAGGUGGUUUAAUUAGACUAAAGAAUAUGGAGCGGGUGUUUGCCAGAAACCCAAACUUCCAAAUUGCUUACCUAAAGUUUAUGAGAGAGUAUCAAGAUUUAGGGCAUAUGGAGUUGGUUGGAGAAUACCCCAAAAAUCUUACUCCGCUUUCAUAUUAUUUGCCACACCAUGGCGUAGAAAAGCUUAGUAGCACAACCACAAAGCUGCGCGUUGUAUUUGAUGGUUCGAGCAUAAAAUAG